AUGCAGUGCCGUCUGAAAGCCAGAGUCGGAGGCAUUUGCGGAGUUACAAGAAGGCAGGAUGAAGACCGCGCCUUCGACUUCAAGAAACGGCUUGACUACAAGAAGCUGCUUGGGUUUAGAGAUGUCUCCAAGGACUUUGCGAACGGCGUCCUCAGCGCGUACUCCAAGGCGACGCUCAAGGAAAUGGUGAAGAACAAUCAAUUCAGGGAUGUUAUGUUCAAGCAGUGGGACAAAAUCAAGUUGGACUGGCUGGUGCAGAUAAUUGGACCGAAGACUCUGAAGAACAAACGCAUUGCGCAAAUGUUUGUGGAUUACAGAUACAACCACCGAAUCUACAAGUGGCCUGUGUCGCGGUAA